GGGAAGUGACGUCACUGCGCCGGUCCUCUCGCGAUAUUUCCCCGGGAACAAACUCUCCCGGGAUCCUCUGCGACUUCCUCUUUCCAGCCAGCGCCUGAGACAUGGGUAUCUCACGGGAUAACUGGCACAAGCGCCGCAAGACUGGAGGCAAAAGGAAGCCGUACCACAAGAAGAGGAAGUAUGAGUUGGGCCGCCCUGCCGCCAACACCAAGAUCGGCCCACGCCGCAUCCACACCGUGAGAGUCCGGGGAGGGAAUAAGAAGUACAGAGCUCUGAGGUUGGACGCCGGAAACUUCUCUUGGGGAUCUGAGUGCUGCACCCGGAAGACCAGGAUCAUCGAUGUCGUCUACAACGCGUCGAACAACGAGCUGGUCAGAACCAAGACUCUGGUGAAGAACUGCAUCCUCCUGAUCGACAGCACCCCCUACAGGCAGUGGUACGAGGCGCACUACGCCACACCGCUCGGGCGCAAGAAGGGAGCUAAGCUGACUCCUGAGGAAGAAGAAAUCCUCAACAAGAAAAGAUCUAAGAAAACCCAGAAAAAAUAUGAAGAUCGCAAAAAGACAGCAAAGAUCAGCCCUCUGCUGGAGGAACAGUUUCAACAGGGAAAACUGCUUGCGUGCAUCGCCUCUAGGCCAGGACAGUGUGGCCGAGCGGACGGAUACGUUCUUGAAGGCAAGGAGUUGGAGUUCUACCUGAGGAAGAUCAAGGCCAAGAAGGGCAAAUAAACCCCACACCCUCCCCGGCAUCUAAUAAACAGAACUUUAUUAAACACAA